AUGAAGAUCACCUCUGUCCUCAGCGCCUUCUCCGCGAUCCUGUCCUGCACGGCUCUUGUUUCUGCGCAGUCUAGCCCCGACCCGAUUGGCACAAUCUACGAUGGCCGUGUACCUGCCGACCUAUACGGGUCAAACUACACCUACCCGUGGCCGGUGAAGUUGUUUAAAUUCUACAACCAGCGUCAGAAACUUACAAUGGCAUUCAUGGACGUACCGGCAAGGAACAAUGACAAGAAUAAGACAGCAGUCCUGCUCCAUGGCGGAAAUUUCUGCGGCGCUACUUGGUCCGACACGGCGCGACAACUUUCGGCUGCUGGAUAUCGAGUGAUCUUGCCCGACGACAUUGGCUUCUGCAAAUCGAGCAAACCCCAAGGCUAUUCUUACAACGUACAACAACAGGCGUUGAACAUCAACAGCCUACUCACUGCGCUUGGCAUCGAACAAGCCACCGUCAUCGGCCAUUCAAUGGGUGGCAUGAUCGCUGCCCGCUACGGUCUCAUGUACCCCAACGCCGUCGACCAGCUUAUCCUUGUUGAUCCCUUGGGAUUGGAGGACUGGGUCGCUAAGGGUGUACCCUUUUUGCCAAUCGACGAGACAUACGAGACUCAGGUUGUGCAGAAUUUUGCCAGCCUCAAGGCAUAUGAGCAGGCCAGUUACUUCUACAAUGCCACCUGGAAGCCUGAGUAUGAUACCUGGGUUUCAAUGCUAGCCAAUAUUUACGCUGGCGACUAUGGCUCACAGUAUGCGUACGUGAUGGCCCUGGUUACCGACGCUCUACUCAGCCAGCCUAUAAUCUACCAGCUGCCGCUCCUGAAGACACGUACCUAUCUCAUGGUAGGACAGAACGACGUGACGGCCCUUGGAAAGGCAUGGUCCUCUGCUACCGUUGCUGCGAAACUCGGACAUUAUGAUGUACUCGGUCCUGCGGCUGCGGCUAUGAUCCCCGACUGCACAUUCCACAUGUUCCCUGGUCUCGGCCAUGCACCCUUCCUCCAGGAUCCGAAGGCGUUCUACGAAGUUCUGUUUUCCUGGUUGGAAUAA